GGGGGUGCAGGUUUAUAUCUGUGAAGGAUCAGCUGACCCUCUGCAUUGCAGACUUUGGGUCCGGCAGCGCCAUGUACUCGUUCUUCGUCCUGGCCAGCCUUCUGGGCGCGGCUGUCGCCAGCCCUGUCCUGGGCCUGAAAGAGUGCACCAGAGGCUCCGCGGUGUGGUGCCAGAAUGUGAAGACGGCCGCCGACUGCGGGGCCGUGAAGCACUGCCUGCAGACCGUCUGGAACAAGCCGACAGUGAAAUCCCUUCCUUGCGACAUAUGUAAAGACGUCAUCACCGCAGCGGACAAGAUGCUGAAGGACAACGCCACCGAGCAAGAGAUCCUCGUGUACUUGGAGAAGACCUGCGACUGGCUUCCGAAGCCGGACAUGUCUUCCUCGUGCAAGGAGAUCGUGGACUCCUACCUGCCAGUCAUCCUGGACAUGAUUAAGGGGGAGAUGAGCGACCCCGGGGAGGUGUGCUGCUCCCUCAGUCUCUGCGAGUCUCUGCAGAAGCACCUGGCAGAGCUCAAUCACCAGAAACAGCUCGAGUCCAAUAAGAUCCCAGAACUGGACAUGGCUGAGGUGGUGUCUCCCUUCAUGGCCAACAUCCCCCUCCUCCUCUACCCUCAGGAUGGCCCCCACACAGAGCCCCAGCCGAAGGCUGGCGGGGACGUCUGCCAGGACUGCAUCCAGCUGGUGACCGACAUCCAGACUGCCGUGAGGACCAACACCACCUUUGUCAAGGCCUUGGUGGAACACGCCAAGGAGCAGUGUGACCGGCUGGGGCCCGGCAUGGCCGACAUGUGCAAGAACUACGUCAACCAGUACUCCGACAUCGCUAUCCAGAUGAUGAUGCACAUGCAACCCAAAGACAUCUGUGGACUGGUUGGGUUCUGCGACCAGGUCAAGGAGGUGCCCAUGCAGCCUCUGCUCCCUGCCAAAGUGCUCUCAGAGAACGUCAUCCCUGCCCUGGAACUGGUGGAGCCCAUUAAGAAGGACUUGGUCCAGGCGAAGCCUGAUGUCACCUGCGAGCUGUGUGAGUACGUGGUGAAGGAGGUGGUCAAGCUGAUUGACAGCAACAAGACUGAGGAAGAAAUAAUUCACGCUUUUGAUAAAAUAUGCUCAAAACUGCCCACAUCCUUGUCGGAAGAGUGCCAAGAGGUGGUAGACACUUACGGCAGGUCCAUCCUGUCCAUCCUCCUGCAGGAGGCGAGCCCGGAGCUGGUGUGCAACCUGCUCCACCUCUGCACCUCGCAGAGACGGCAGGCGCUGACCGUGCACGUGGCCCAGCGGAAGGACGGUGGCUUCUGUGAGGUGUGUAAGAAGCUGGUCGGCUAUUUGGACCAGAACCUGGAGAAAAACAGCACGAAGGAGGAGAUCCUGGCUGCUCUCGAGAAAGGCUGCAACUUCCUGCCUGACCCGUAUAAUAAGCAGUGUGACCAGUUUGUGACCGAGUACGAGCCCGUGCUGAUAGAGGUCCUGGUGGAGGUGAUGGAGCCGUCCUACGUGUGCUCGAAAAUUGGGGCCUGCCCUGCAGCCCGUAAGCCUCUUUUGGGAGCAGAGAGGUGUGUCUGGGGCCCGAGCUACUGGUGCCAGAACAUGGAGACAGCCACCUCGUGCAACGCUGUUGAGCACUGCAAGCGUCACGUGUGGAACUAGAAAGAAUGUUCCAUCUUGGAGAACCUACUGCAUCUGUUCCUACUUGUGUGUCUGGAGGAAUGACCUGUCGACUUUGUUAUAACAAUAGGCCCCUCCCCCGCUCAUUUCUUAUCUCCCUUAUCAGUAGCCUUGCCAUCGUGCAGCAGUGCCCAGCCCGCCCUGACAUAGCUGCUUUGGUGUCCCCUUUCUUUCUGCUACAUGGUUAAUGACACACUGCGCCCUUGCAUGGUGGUACCGGGAUGAGGAAGGGGCCUUGAAUGCUGGCAGGACCUCAACCCGAGGAGGGUGCCUCCCCGCUUCCUGGGCCUCUUGGCUGCUAGCCAAGCAGGCAAAACAGGCAGCUUUAAAAGAUUAGAGGCUCAAAAUGAUCAGGCUUUUCACACCGUGUAGCUUGCACUGAUAGAUUUUGGAAGGGCCACUCAGGAGACCUGGGCGGGGUUUGGGUUCCCUGUGCCCGAGUGAACCUUUGAUCCAGCUUUCCUGUGUCAUUCCUGGUGAUGCCUUGUUUAGGGUUGGGUGGGGGCGGGGAAAGUCUGCCUGGAUGCGGCCUCUUAGCUCUGUGUGGACGUCUGGUGGGCCUGGCUUUUGUGCGUGAACGUGUGCGUGGUGGUGACACCCUCAGGCCUGCUCUGCGCCCUGCUCUGCUGCCCGGGGCCCUCCACCUCUGACCCAUUUCAGAGCUAAUUCUUUUUGACUUUGACAUACAUGUGGAAGACAAGCCUCUGGCUUCCAGGUAGAGGGCCUGCUGGGGGCCGUGUGGGGCCUCGGCCUCUCUCCGCUGUGGCCGAGCCUCCCGCUGCACCUCUGUUGGCUGGGAGACAGCAAGACCUGCAGUUGCCAUUCAACGGGCUUAACAAUGUUUUUGUUUUGCACUUGACUUUCUGUGAUUUAACAAUAAAGCCUGGUCAAUCCGA